UUUUACAAAGGCUCUCUACUUGUCUGCUUCUCUCCAGUUUGUGGACUAUCAGCCCGUACGACAGGAGGGCGUAUAUAUGGAGGGCAAAAGGCAAAACCUGGUGAUUUUCCUUGGCAAGUCCUGGUAUUAGGUGGAACCACAGCAGCAGGUGCACUUUUAUAUGACAACUGGGUCUUAACAGCUGCUCAUGUCGUCUAUGAGCAAAAACAUGAUGCAAACUCCCUGGACAUUCGACUGGGCGCCCUCAAGAGACUAUCACCUCAUUAUACACAAGCCUGGGCUGAAGCUGUUUUUAUACACGAAGGUUAUACUCAUGAUGCCGGCUUUGACAAUGACAUAGCACUGAUUAAACUGAGUAACAAAGUUGUAAUGAAUAGCAACAUCACGCCUAUUUGUCUGCCAAAAGAUGAAUCCUUUAUGAGGACAAAUGACAUUGGAACUGCAUCUGGAUGGGGAUUAACCCAAAGGGGUUUUCUUGCUAGAAAUCUAAUGUAUGUUGACAUACCAAUUGUUGACCAUCAAAAAUGUAGUGCUGCAUAUGCAAAGCUGCCCUAUCCAGGGGCAAGUGUAACUGAUAACAUGCUCUGUGCUGGCUUAGAAAGUGGGGGCAAGGAUAGCUGCAGAGGUGACAGCGGAGGGGCACUGGUCUUUCUAGAUAAUGAAACACAGAGGUGGUUUGUGGGAGGAAUAGUGUCCUGGGGCUCCAUGAAUUGUGGGGAGGCAGGUCAGUAUGGAGUCUACACAAAAGUCAUUAACUAUGUUCCCUGGAUCAAGAACAUAAUAAAUAAUUUUUAACUUGCAUGUCUGCAGUCAGUCAAGGAUUCCUCAUUUUUAGAAAUGCCCGUGAAGACCCUGGCAGCCACGUAACCCAAGCAUUUAUCGUUACUGUGAAAAUGGCAGCUGGUGCUCCACCCAAAGGACAGACUCCAGGUGAGACUGCUGUCAUUUCUCCACUCCACAGUUUUAAUUCCAACCUUACCCAUCUGACUCAAGGCGGCAUAAGCCACAAGAGUGAUAUUCACCUUUGUCAAUCCAAUGUAAUGUCACUGCUCAAAUUACAUUUAAUUACUUUAAAAGGCCAGUAUCUUCUCAUACUAGCUGUUGGCAUUUCUGUAAACUGCCUGGCCAUGCUCUUUGACUGUUUUUAAACUUGUUCUUAUUGAUCUCUGUAAGUGCUUUAUAUGUUGUAGCAGUACUGAUUCAGGAAUAACCUCGAAUCCCUUUUUUGGGCAGGCAGGCUGGAAACACUGAUACUUCAGCCCAGGUAUUGACUCAAAUUUCCAUGUUAAAAACCAAUACCACAAAAUCAUGGGAUACAAUUAUUCACUUAUCAAAUCGUCAGACAAAAGGAAUGUGAAUAGUAGUACUAUUUCACAUUGUGAAAGACAACAUCAACUUCCCAAAGAGCCCUGAAAAGGCAUGCAUCAUCUUUGACCUGGCAAUUCCAAUGUUACGAAUUUAAUUUAGCUGGAAGGAUAUUCCCAGCAAUUGGAAAUAACCUGAACAAUGUUCAAAUUCAGAAGAUUGAAUCAAAACUCGGCCAUUUCCACAAGAUGAAAAAUGGCAUUAUAAAUUAGUGAUGUUAUAAACUGUGAUCAUUUGUUUUUCCUCUUUACAAUGAACACAAAAUAUUUGGGCACAGUGAUGCCUAACAAGAGCACAGAUCACACAAUAGUUGAGUCAAGUACAGAACCCUUACACAGUUAGGAGCUACUUUGCUCCUAACAACAAAAUCUUUACUAGUACACAUUCUCUCUUGAAUUACGUAGUUAACAUCCUACUUUUUCCUACAAAGGACAAAACUUAAGUGCUGAUUUAACCUUAAAAAUCUCGUUUGAUUUUAGCUGGGUAUUCCUUCCUAAAAGGUUUUAAUAGCUAGCACUUAAGUUUUUCAGUCUAGCUAACAGUUAACAUUCCAUGUAAAAGUUUACUGUGAAUCCUGGCCUAAUUACUCUUGCGCAUAUAAAGUACAACUACUUGAGACUCAGUUUUUAUUUUUUUCUUUAGAGGCUCAAUUUUUAAAGGUAACUUUCCAGCAUCUAUACGUCACAUAUAAAAAGAAAUCAUGUUUUUCAGUAAGACUCCAGACACUAAACUGUGGUGUCAAUAAAAAUUUUUAUUUAACUGGUUCAAAAAAUUUUUAGAAUGAAUGCAUUUAGAUGACCAAAUAGAUUUUUAAAAACAAAUCUUUGCUAAAUAGUUUAAGUACUUCUAAACUUCAAAAUCUUUUUAGGGUAAAAUAAAUACCCGUUAUCUAUGCAGUACCAUAAACAUGUUAAUAAAAGGCUACUCAACAUUGAAAGCCUUCUAUGACCAGUAACUAAAAUUUACACAAGUGUAAAUAAAGGAUUCAAACCAUGCCGUUGACACGUUAACUUACCCCUGGGCUCCUUGAAGGCUUGUCAGUUUAGUCUUUGGAGGUCCCCGAGUACCAUUUUAAGUGUUACCAUGUUACUGCUGCUGAGUAAUAGUGCAAGUGCUAAAAUGCAAAAUUCAGAUGGUACAGGGUUUGGAAAUCAUGCAGAUUUAGAUUCAGAAAAAAAAA